UGAUACUAAAGAUAGUAUUGAAGAUAGAGUAAUAUGUAAUGAUACUAAAAGUGAAGAUACUUGUAUUGUAGAAGAUAAAGAAUCUUAUAAUAAUAAUAAUAGUAAAGAUUUUGUAAUAAUUCUGAAAGCAGUGCUGAAAUGA